AUGAAAGAGACAGUUAAUGAAAACACCAAACAGAUAGCCGACAUAAAGACAGAUGUUGAGUUUGUAUGUGGCAAACUUAAUGACGUCAAAGGCCAGCUCGGUCUGAUGGAGAUAAUAGCGAAGAAGUUUGAGGUGAAAUCAUCUGAGCAUGAACAACGUUUAUCCCAUCUCGAAGGAUACACAUGCCGUUGGAAUCUGAGAAUCUACGGGUUUCCUGAAAAGGAGAGGGAGGAUGUUCGGGAGAGGGUUAUCCAGGUAACUAACCCCGAGAUCGUGGCUGAAAAAAGCAGUUCAGCCAAUACUGAUACUCCGAUUUCUAAAUUUGUUAUGGAGACAGACAUGCAAAGAGAAGAUGGUGCGGUUAAUGUUUUGCAGUCCGAUUUGCUUUGGGAUGCCAUUGAAAUGGAGGCAGAACAGAGUCAACAAUUCUGUGCCGUGAGAGGAUAUUCAGGAGGAAAUGUCAUUAUAAACUACAAAUAUAAGACACUAGAAGAGAAUCCUUUGAUAGAUGUGUGUAAAACUGGAUCAGAUCAGUGUUUUACUCUAAUAAACACUGACAGAGCAGCAGAAUGGACACAUGACGGCCGAUUCUCUGUUCAUGAUGACAGAUCUGCUCGUCUCUUACGUGUGUUUAUCAGAGAACUGAAUGAGAACGAUUCUGGAGAAUAUAAGAUUACAGUCAAAGUUUCUGAAGACUACAGUUUCUUCUCUGAGUUUCACCUGAACAUCAGAGAUGCAGCUGAUUGUUGUGAGAAGAGCAUCAGUCUCUCAGCUGCUGCAGGAGGAUCUGUGAACAUCAGCUGCAGAUACCCACAAUCCCACAGUGCUGAUGUGAAGUUUGUCUGCAGGAGAUCUGGAUCUAAUCUCUGUGCUGAAGAGACGUCUGUGAAAGAGAGCAGAAGAUGGAGCGCUGAGGGACAGAUGCAGCUGUAUGAUGACAGAGAGCAGCAGCUCCUGACGGGAAUCAUCAGUCAUGUGACUCAGCAACAUUCAGCUGAAUACUGGUGUGGAGUUCAGUCUGAUCAAGGACACAAGAGCUUCAUCACACGAGUCCUCGUCAGCGUUACAGGUACAGAUGACUUUCUCACUCAUAUUAAUUAUAAUGUUAUUAAUAAUCACAGCUAG